AGAAAAUAUUGUGGACAUGGGCCAUAUGACAUGCUACAUCAACGUAUGGAUAUCCUAAAACAUGAAGAUUCUGGUGCUGCUUGCACUUGCGGCAUUAUGCGUGGCACAGGACGACAUCGAAACAAUACCAGAUCCAGUUGAGGACGAUAUUGGGUUUGCAUUGUCAGCUUUACAGAAGAGGAUGUGCUACCCCCUUGGUUACUAUGCAGACCCCACGGAUUGCUGCUGGUAUAUUCAGUGCGCCUACGAGCCUUAUUCCAUAGGCUUCCGAAAGCCCUGUAUGGGAGGGACUGUCUGGGACCCUCAGGAAUGUGGCUGUGUAGUACCUGAGAAGGCCAGUGUAGUAUGUAAUGUGACAGAAUGCAAAGGUGUUCCUGACUGGGAACCGAACCAAUGUCCUGUUUUUAACGAAACAACGGGAGAAGGUUUGCUCGGGGAGGAUCAGUGCUGUAUUGACGGAGUCGUUAUCAACGUUGUUAAUGAGACGUCAUUCUAUGUUGACGGUGAAGAUCCUGAGGUUAGGAAUACUAUUCAAACGUGUCCACUUGGUAUUCUCUUUAACAAGGACGACUGCUGCUGUGAAACGGGAGAACUACAUGCUGAUCUUCCGAGCGCCAUGUGCGAUCACUUCACGUUUGACGACCCGAACUUCUCAAGGGAAGGAGUGUCAACAAUUGGCGCACGAUUCAGCGAUAUGGGCGCUUCUGCUGGCUUCAACGGUGCUCAAACAAACGGCUCUAUAUCCUUCUCUUACGGAGCAACAGGAGGUGGAGCUUACGGUGGCGCCCAAGCAAAACUUGAUAAAUUCGCGAAUGUUCCAUUCGGCGAAGAUUUUACUUUCUCUUCCUGGGUAAUGGUUGAGGGCGAGGGAACAUCGACAAUCUUUCACAAUGGAGAUUUCGGCGGUGCUAAUGCCACUAUUAGUAUGGAAAUGGUCACUUCCGGUGGUCAUACCACUAUAUCUACGGGUGUCUUGUCUUCGGAUGGAGUGAACGACAUCAUCCAGCAGACGACAUGGGGAGAAGGGGAAUGGCAUUGGGUCGGUAUGAGAUAUGAAAGAGGAGAGUUGAAGCUCUAUCUUGACGAUACCCCUCCUAUUGUAAUCAGUGAAUCAGCCGACGCAGAUGACGAAAGUAUUCAGCUUCUUAUGGACCAAGCAAGUUUUGAAGCAGUUCAAGUGGCGACCCGUGUACGUGAUCUAAUGAGAAAUUUUGACUUUGAACUACCAACUCCUGACCCAACAGCUGAAGAAGUUCCAGGACUAAGAAUACAAGAUGUUAAAGACUGCCUUGAAAUAAUCAAAAGUGAUUUGGAUGAAAAUAGCAGAUAUAUCAACGACCUGAACUCGGGACUCACUGACUUUAGAUCAAAAAGAAGGGUCUAUAGAAGAGCAUUUAAUGUGUUUUGUCGUCCAGCCAAACAAGAUAGUGAUUCAAAAAGAGCAUUGGAGGAUGCAUUUGAAGACGUAAAGGGUGCAUUCGACCUACUUUCUGCCCAGGUCUCUCGUAUCUGUCAAGAUCUUGAGAAGGUGUGUGUCAUAUUGGAAGAUCGAAUCAUCCAGAAGCAUUUAGAGAAAGAAGUCAAACGCCUGCUUAAAGUUCUCAAGAAUAAAUUGAAGAAACUAAAGGGAAAAUUCAACGAUGACAAUCCUCCAGGAGAUAAAAGGUUUGGACUUAGAGGUAUUGAAGAAACUUUCCCUGAGGCGGAACUAAAGCUGGCCUCGUUUGAUGGUGGCAGCACUAGUACAGGCGGUGGUGGUGGUCGUCGUGGAAGGAGACAAACUGAUGAUGAUGAUGGCCCUAUCAAUCCCCCUAAUACUUUUAUCAUUCCUAGCAAGUGGCCUAUCACGAUUGGGGAAGACUUCAAUGGAUCAAUGGAUGAGAUAUUCGUGUGUGACUUUGCUCUAACUGACGAACAACUCUUUGCUAUGAGAGACUUUAAUGAGAAUCCCAUUAAACCCGAUGAGUUUUCAAAUGAAGUUGACACCACCGAGGAAGAGGAGGAGGAAAUACCUGAACAAUAAAUUACUGUGAUCUUUACAGAAAUAAAUAAUAACAUGUAGCCC